GCGGCGACCGCGGGCCCGGCGAUCACCGCGGGCAGCCCCGGCGAGGCCCCCGCCCAGCGCCGCCCGCCAAGCCCCCAGCUGCCGGUGGCGCCAUGAGGCCCAAGCCGCAACGGUUCGUGGACAACAAGCUGAAGCAACGCGUGCUGCAGUACCUUACCAGUAACAGAUGUGGCAAAUAUGUGGACAUUGGAGUUUUAGCAUCUGAUUUACAAAGAAUGUACAGUAUAGACUAUGGUCGGAGAAAAAGAAAUGCUUUUAGGAUUCAGGUAGAAAAAGUAUUUAGUGUAAUUAGUAGUGAGAAGGAACUUAAAGACCUAACGGAAUUAGAAGAUGAACAUCUGGCAAAAAGGGCAAGACAAGGUGAAGAGGAUAAUGAGUAUAUUGGAAACUAUUCAGAUGAUGAAUCUAAUAUGGAAGAUUACCCAGAUCCACAGUCAGCAAAUCACAUGAACAGUUCCCUGCUCUCCUUAUAUCGGAAAGGAAAUCCUGAUGCUGUAUCAAGUACUCCUGAGAUGGAGCAAAGAGAAACCGCCAUUUCAGCACCACGGAUAACUUCCAAAACAGGCUCCAUUCCUUUGAAGAUCCCUAUCACAGGUUCUGAAGGAGGAUGGUUUAUUGACAAAACUCCAAGUGGAAAGAAAGACGGUUUUUUCAUGGAACUACCAGAUGAGAAAAGUAAUCGUAAGAAGCCAGUAUCUCAGGAUUCAAAAGGUUCUUCUCUUCUGAAGAGUAAUAAAAAAAGGAAAGGCAGGCUCAAGAGCACAGGAAGCAAAAGGAAGAAAGAUACUCAGGAAGUUGAUGGAGAAACUGAAGCUGCCCUGCGAAAGAAAGCUAAAGCAAGGGGGCUAGAAUUGCAGAUCUCCAAUGUGAAGUUUGAAGAUAUUGGAGGCAAUGAUACAACAUUAAAAGAAGUCUGCAAGAUGCUCAUACACAUGCGUCACCCAGAGGUAUACCACCACCUGGGUGUUGUACCCCCCUGUGGGGUUCUCCUUCAUGGACCACCAGGCUGUGGGAAGACGCUACUUGCACAUGCAAUUGCUGGGGAACUUGACCUUCCAAUUCUAAAAGUGGCUGCUACAGAAAUUGUAUCUGGAGUAUCUGGAGAGUCUGAACAGAAGUUGAGAGAACUGUUUGAACAAGCCAUGUCAAAUGCACCCUGUAUCCUUUUUAUUGAUGAAAUUGAUGCUAUUACUCCCAGAAGAGAAGUUGCUUCAAAAGAUAUGGAACGAAGAAUUGUAGCCCAGCUCCUAACCUGCAUGGAUGAUCUGAAUAAUGUGGCCACUACAGCUCAGGUGCUAAUCAUUGGAGCUACUAACCGACCAGACUCGCUCGACCCUGCUUUGAGACGUGCAGGGAGGUUCGACCGUGAAAUAUGUCUUGGUAUCCCAGAUGAAGCAUCCAGGGAAAGAAUACUUCAGACUUUGUGCAGGAAAUUAAGACUUCCUGAACCUUUCUGUUUCCGGCAGUUAGCACACCUAACACCAGGCUUUGUUGGUGCUGAUCUUAUGGCCCUGUGCCGCGAGGCAGCCAUGUGUGCAGUCAACAGGGUCUUAAUGAGGCUACCAGGACAGCAGAAGAAAGAUCCUGAGAUAGGAGGUUUGCUGUCUGAAGGAGGCUGGGAAGAUACAGUUGGAACUGAGUGUGCUUCUAAAACACAGGAUGAAUUGCUGAGGCUUCUGGGGUUGCUCAGAAGCCGAGACCCCCUCUCCGAGGAGCAGCUGCAAGGGCUAUGCAUUGAAUUGAAUGAUUUUGUUGUUGCUCUGUCCUCAGUCCAACCAUCCGCCAAAAGGGAAGGUUUUGUUACUGUCCCCAAUGUGACAUGGGCAGAUAUUGGUGCCCUGGAAGAUAUUAGAGAAGAGCUCACCAUGGCGAUAUUGGCACCAGUACGUAACCCGAAUCAGUUCAAAGCACUUGGAUUGGUGACCCCAGCUGGCAUCCUCCUUGCUGGUCCUCCUGGCUGCGGGAAAACUCUGCUGGCAAAGGCUAUUGCAAAUGAGUCUGGACUAAAUUUUAUAUCUGUCAAGGGCCCCGAAUUACUAAAUAUGUAUGUUGGUGAGAGUGAACGUGCUGUGCGGCAGGUUUUCCAGCGAGCCAAGAACUCAACGCCCUGUGUGAUAUUCUUUGAUGAAGUAGAUGCAUUAUGCCCUCGGAGAUCAGACCGUGAGACAGGGGCCAGUGUCCGGGUGGUGAAUCAGCUACUCACAGAGAUGGACGGUCUGGAAAUGCGCCAGCUGGUUUUCAUUAUGGCAGCCACCAACAGGCCAGAUAUCAUUGACCCUGCCAUCCUGCGCCCGGGCCGCCUGGAUAAAACACUCUUUGUGGGUCUGCCACCCCCUGCAGAUCGGCUUGCCAUCUUAAAAACUAUCACAAGAAAUGGCACCAGACCUCCACUAGAUGCAGAUGUGAAUUUGGAAGCACUGGCUGGUGACCUCCGCUGUGACUGCUAUUCGGGUGCAGAUCUCUCUGCUUUGGUACGAGAAGCUUCAGUCUGUGCCUUGAGACAGGAAAUGGCAAGACAGAAGAGUGGAAAUGAAAAAGGUGAACUCAAGGUCAGUCAGAGGCACUUUGAAGAGGCUUUCAAGAAAGUAAAGUCAUCUAUAUCAAAAAAGGUAAGAAAUGCGGAGAAGAGAGAGUAGAAUUGCAGCCAGUGU